GGUUUGCCCUGAGAGGAAGACUCCUGUGAAAUGUGCAAGAGAAGAGGCUCUUCUCAACUGCUGCCAGGCUCAGUCCGGGAGAGGCGCUUUAUGCAAGAGGAUCCUUUCCUCGCAAGGUGUCCUGCCAGGAACUGCUAGCAAACCAGCCCAGCUGCCUCCUGAUCCUCUCUCUACUAAACUCAGCUGAUAAAGGACUUGGCUUCUGGGGGGACCACAGUUUCCCAAAAUGGAAAGGUUCCUAGCUUUCAGCCCAAACCACUCUUUGCUCACAUUGCUCCUCCUUGCAUGCCUGAGCCACCUGACCUUGGCCCAAUAUGAACAUUGGCCGCAUUACCCUGAGCAACAGCCUCCGCAGCAGCUGCCUCCCCUGCCAGCCGACAUCCCUCAUAUCCAGCUGCGGUUGUCAGGGCAGAAGAGGAAGCACAACGAAGGGCGGGUGGAAGUCUUCUACAACGGAGAGUGGGGCACCGUGUGUGACGACGACUUCACCAUCCACGCUGCGCACGUGGUCUGUCGGCAGCUGGGCUACGUGGAGGCCGUGUCCUGGAGCCCUGCUUCUAAAUAUGGCAAGGGUGAAGGCAGAAUCUGGUUGGACAAUGUCCACUGUAAUGGCAGAGAGGCUUCGUUGGCUGUCUGCACCUCGAACGGCUGGGGCGUAUCAGACUGCAAACACACCGAGGAUGUGGGUGUGGUCUGCAGUGAAAAGAGAAUCCCUGGCUUCAGGUUUGAUGACUCCCUGCUCAACCAAAUAGAGAACAUGAACAUCCAGGUGGAAGAUGCCCAGAUCCGACCCAUCCUCUCUGCCUCUCGCAAGCGUGUUCCCGUCACAGAGGGUUACGUGGAAGUGAAAGAAGGAGGCGUCUGGAAACGCAUCUGUGACAGGAACUGGACCACAAAAAACUCACGUGUUGUCUGUGGCAUGUUUGGAUUUCCAUCAGAGAAGAAAUACAAUGUCAGAGUCUACAAGAUGACGGCAGCCAGAAGAAAGCACACUUAUUGGGCUUAUUCCAUGGACUGCACGGGCAAUGAGGCACACAUCUCCAGCUGCAAACUGGGCAAUCGCAUCAGCACAGCUAGUGGGAACGCAACAUGUGAGAAUGGGAUGCCUGCCGUGGUGAGCUGCUACCCUGGUCGUGCUUUUGCCCCUGGCAGCCACAGCGGUUUCCGAAAAGCUUUCCAACCCGAGUUUCCACUGGUGAGGUUAAAGGGAGGAGCCAAGAUUGGCGAAGGUCGCAUUGAAGUGCUGAUGAAUGGGGAAUGGGGAACUGUUUGCGAUGACCAGUGGAACCUCGUUUCUGCAAGUGUGGUCUGCCGAGAGCUAGGCUUUGGAUCUGCCAAAGAGGCUAUUAUGGGUGCAAGGCUUGGGCAAGGUAUGGGCCCCAUUCAUGUCACUGAAGCAAAUUGCAAAGGGUUUGAAAAGUCUUUCACAGACUGCAAAUUCAGCACCCAGUUAGGAAGUUGCACUCAUGAAGAAGAUGCUUCUGUAAGAUGCAAUGUUCCAGCUAUGGGAUUCCAAAACCAGAUACGUUUGAGCGGUGGCCGCACGCCCUACGAAGGCCGGGUGGAAGUCCUGCGGGAGCUCAAUGGCACACUCAAGUGGGGCACAGUCUGCAGUGACAAAUGGGGCACGAUAGAAGCCAUGGUGGUCUGCCGCCAGCUGGGCCUUGGCUACGCUGCCCACGCCUUCCAGGAAACCUGGUACUGGUAUGGAGAAACGAGCACCAGUGAUGUUCUCAUGAGUGGGACAAAGUGUUCUGGGACAGAGAUGGCCCUGUCACACUGUCGCCACGAUACCCACGUAUUCUGCCCCAGAGGAGGUGGGCGCUUUGCAGCUGGUGUUUCCUGCACAGAAACUGCAGCUGACCUUGUCCUCAAUGCCAAGGAAGUGGAAUACACAUCCUACCUGGAAGACCGUCCCAUGUUCAUGCUGCAAUGUGCCCUGGAAGAGAACUGCCUGGCCUCCUCCGCUGUCAACACCUCCAUUUCCACUGGCUACAGGAGGCUCUUGCGUUUCUCAUCCCAGAUCCACAACAACGGACAGGCUGACUUCCGCCCCAAAAGUGGACGCCAUUCCUGGAUUUGGCACGACUGUCACAGGCAUUACCACAGCAUGGAAGUGUUCACGCAUUAUGAUCUGCUGGACCUCAAUGGGACAAAGGUAGCGGAAGGUCACAAGGCCAGCUUCUGCUUGGAAGACAGCGAAUGCCUAGACGGUUUCCAGAAGCAAUAUGAAUGCGCCAAUUUUGGGGAGCAAGGGAUCACGGUUGGCUGCUGGGAUGUGUACCGGCAUGACAUUGACUGCCAGUGGAUUGACAUUACAGAUCUUGUGCCAGGAGAAUACUUCUUCCGGAUCAUUGUCAACCCAAACAAAGAAGUGGCAGAGUCCGAUUAUUCCAAUAACGUCAUGAAGUGCAAGUGCAAGUACGAACUUCACCGGGUCUGGAUGUACAACUGCCAUAUAGCUGAUGCCUUCAGUGAAGAAAUAGAAGAACAGUUUGAUUUCAAUGGACUCCUAAACAACCAAGUAUCUUAAUUGGCCUCUUUUUAAGGAGGGAAGAAUACCUUUUCCCAAGAUUUCCCUAACCACUGCACAGAAAACUAAAGUAAUCAAGCAAACAACUAUGAACUUUUAAAAUUAGCUUUGUAAGUUAUUUUCAAGUGUGUGCUCCAUGCCUACUUUAUGGUGUUCAGCAGAAGAAAACGGGUUGACACUUAUUUCACAUCCAUUCCAGCUGAAUGACGAUUUUGCACUACCUGCAAGACCUCCUUACCCUUCGUGGGGACCCUAACUUAUUCACAAGGAAUUAUUUGCAAGCUCUCAUCACACCUUUGUUCACUCGGUGUACAGAGGCAGCAGCGCCACCUGCCCACAACCUGCGUAAAGGAUGCCUGGUGCUGCCAAAAUAGUUUCAUUUUUAAGGGAAUUCCUUUCUCGGCCUUCAUGUUCUGCCUUGAUAAAGAUUUGAAAAAUCCGACUCUACACCACUGGCGCAGAACAGAAGAAUCAUGACACACGGAGGUCUUGAGACACUCUAUCGUAUUAAUUUCCUGUACUGUCACACUCCUUGGCACCUCCUCCUCUGAGAGCACCUCUGACACUCAGUUUUGACAGAAGGUUUGAGAUAUCACAGUGAGGAAAAAUCUGCCAAGUCAUUUCAUAUAUCUUGGUUUUUGAUGCCACUAGACUGUGAAUUUUUUUGUAAGACAGUAAGCUAUUCCCUUGCCUACAUUUUUCCUUUGACCGGUACCUUCCUGCCACCCCCCUUCACUUCCCACCCCCACCAUGAAUACUGCAAAUAAGAAACCCACUACCAAAGAUAACUAAUGGCUUUAUGCCCUCGAGGUCACACAUCCCUUCUUAUUAAGUCAGGCUAUCCUGUGAUGGCGCAGGGAGGGAGAGCUUAAAAACACACACAUUAGUAAAUGCAUAAUGGUGCUGAGCACAUGUGCCUCUGUUUGUUUGAGGCCAUGCACUUGCAUUGCAACAGGUGCCGACAGAUCUACACCCUACUUGAAUCUCUUAAAGUGCUUUUUGUCCAGGAAAAGAAAGAGCUGGUGUGAUUUGUGUUAUUUCCAGUGACUAGAACCAGCUGCUGUCCUUUUAUUGCAUUUUGUUUUGUUUACUCUUCUGCUGCAUGGUUAAAGAAUGGGACUGCAAGACAGAAUUAGUUCAACCUUGCCUCUCUGGAGCAGACCACAGUUCAUCUAGUCUAGCCUUCUGCUUCCCGAAGCAGACAACCAGGUGCUGCAGGAUGUUCAGAAAGCAGGACAACAAAGAUAACGGUCCUCUAUUUGUCCUAAGCACCUGGUAAUCAGAGGUGUACUGUAUCUGUCCCUAGAGGCUCUGCCAUAGCUACUAGUCAUUGGUAGACCACGCUCUAUGCCCCGCUUGUUUUGGUACAAUGGGUGAAGGAAUUAAAAGGAUACCUAAAGCUCAGGCAGAGAACACAAGAGUGAUUUGGGAGCUUUCCCUUCUUAGAACCUCUCCAUCACCUCCCUUGUGUGAUGUGUGAAAAUAAAAAAAACUUCUAUAACUGGAGAAAUGAAUUAUAGACCCACACACGGUGCUAUCAGAAUUGUAUUUUCCGCUAGUGGAGAGACUAAAAAGCAAGCUAGGUUCAUCCCUCUUCUUAAUCAAGGACUGAAUUUUCCACAGCAAACCCAUGCUCUCAUCCUCCAGUUCAGGCUGCAAAAUGAGAGUCGCUAGACCUUUUUUGCUUGGUAAAUGAGGAUUACGGAAAGACGCUUUAGCUAUGCAAAAUACUAUAUGAAUAACUUGAUGGUGAUGGUUAUGCACAAGAAGGAUUUCAUUGUCUGUUAUUCUUUCCCCCAUGUAUAACCUACCUCACAGGGGUGUUGUGAGGCUAACGGCCAGUUCACAUAGCCAAGCUAGGGCUGGCCACUUUGUUCCUUCGGCAGGUGAUGAGUGUAAUCAUUUGACCAGGAACCAAAGUCCACACUGCAAUGAUGCAAAGCAAGCGAUGUGGGGUGGUCAAGCAGGCCUGGCACAGGAGGGGGCAGGAGGAGCCACGCAGCAGCUACCAAGUUGAGAAGGGGGGCUUGCUUCCCAUGGGUAGGAGCUGGAUGAGACAUCCAGAAGCCUUAUUUGUGAAUGAUUGACAGCAGCAGUUUAGAUUAGCCUGAGGACCACAACACAGGCCACCUCUAUCCCUCCAUCCUUGCUCCCAUUAUGCUAUAACCAAAACAGAAAAAAUGUUGUCCGGAGCUGGGCUGUAUGGAAAUGCCAGGCAAGGUCCCAGACUACUACUGCAAGGGAGUGGGGGGCAGGAAUCCGCAUUAUACCUCUUCCACCACAGUGGAGUUUGUCAGAAACUUUGCCUCAUUUUGGAAGAGUGAGGCUUGUUCCAGACCUACCUGAGCCUGGCAGCUGUGCUACGUCAGCCAUGUGGAGGCUGCAGCAGCAGCAGCAGCAGCAUAGUCACUGCCAGAGCAGCUCCUCCAAUGUAGGACCACCUAUGCAAUACAGGGAUCAGGAACACAGCUGCAGCCCAUGCUGCCCAGGAUGUGGCCAUUCUGAGUGGCAAUCAAUAGAAGGGAUUAGAGGGACAUCAAAAGUUGCCUUCCUGUGAGUCAGACCAUUUAUCCAUCCAGCUGAGCACCCUCUACUCUGACUGGCAGGGGCACUCCAGGACCUCCAAGGGAGAGCCUUCCAUCACCGGCUACUUAAUCUUAAGAUUAACAAGCCAUCGUCUGCAGGUGCCAGGGAUAGGAUUUUCUGCAUCAAGCCAUGUGCUCUGCCAUGAGCUGCAGUCCUUUCCCAGCACAGAGGCCUGCAAGCAGGAGAUGCCUCUCACCUGCCACACCUGCAGGCAGCUGCUCAGUUAUGGUGGCUGAAGGCUGGGCUAUCAGCUUAAGUGGUAAGUUCUCCUUCUUCCCUGGCUGAUAUGGCCAGCAGUCAAACUCUUUCCAUGUGACCUCAAGCUGUUUCUGGUGCCCAUAUGCUCUGGGUAGAGCCCACAUUGCUGAAGUGAAAGAGAUGGGUAUGCAGAGGUCAGUCCAGAACUGAGUUAAGCAGGCUUGCUCCUUGUUCACAGCAAUUGAGCCAGAGAUUCCAAAAUUUAGGCACAGAGCCUCAUUCCAAUGCGAGGGUUUCCAGCGCUUCUCAAACUUGGGCCCCCCAGCUGUUGUUGGACUACAGCUCCCAUCAUCCCUGACCCCUGGUCCUGCUAGCUAGGGGUGAUGGGAGUUGUAGUCCAACAACAGCUGGAGAUUAGGUUUGAGAAGCAUUGGCUUAAUCAGUAACAGGCCUGCUCAAGUGGAGCCGCAAUGGGCUGACCUGGAUUCCCAAUGUUGUGCAUCGCUGCUGGUUACUGAGGCAGAGCGACAGGGGAGCAGGGAGCUUGACACAGCCGUGGAGCCAGCCCAUGACACUCCAUGGUCCUGAUGCUGCAGCCAAGCCAAGCUCGCCACUGGCUUUCCCCUUCUUCCGUUGGUAACUGGCAGCGACACACAGCUUGGGGAAGUCAGGUGCUGGCUGUGGCCUUGCAACUAAAGGAGAGAGCGAGAGAAGAAUGAAUCUCUACCUGACCCAAGUGCCGCUUCUUGACCACUGAAGAAUUACAGCCACCUCCCACAAUCUGCUGCCAGGCAGGAUUGAUCUCCUAUACUUGUUUGUUCCAGGUUGGUUUUUUACAAACACAACUUAUGGCAAAUGGGCAGUUUUCUCUCUCUUAUCACUAACGGAGAAGAAAGUUAAGAUCCAGAAGGAGCCCACUUCCCCAAAAAGGAACCAGUUAGAGAACAGGAAGUAGUUGUUACAAGACAGUGGGCAACAGAAGAUUCAGAAAACCACCGUGAAUGUUGAUUUGUGUAUUAACAGCUUUAAUUUUAAAGAAGAAAACCCAGAAAAAAAUAUUUACAAACUUCAGUAAAUAAGAUAUUGACUCCUGCAAA